AUAAAUAUCUAAAUUGUGUGUAAAUUUUAUUUGAUACCCUCGAGAACCUCAGAACUUCACAAUGGCGGCCUUCGUAGCGAAACAGAUGGUUGGCAACAAACUAAAUGCAGUUAAAGGUGCCGUGGGCGGCGAUGGAGGAGACGACGAAGGGGACAAAGAGAAAGAGGAGGAGGCCGAAAGAGAGCGGCAGGAGGCCAUCCGAGAGGCCGAGGAAAGGCGGAAGGAGAAGCACCGGAAAAUGGAGGAAGAGAGAGAAAAGAUGAGACAGGAAAUCAGAGAUAAGUACAAUAUAAAGAAAAAAGAAGAAAUUCAGGAACCUCAGCCGGAGGAGCCUGAUAAUCCUUUGAUGAGGAAAAAGAAGACGCCCGAGGAACUCGCACGAGAAGCUGAAGAAGCAGACCAAGAUGAAUUAACAAAACUGAAGAAUACGAUAGAGACCCAAGUGAAUGAAAUUAAAUCGCAGAUCGAGAGUAAAUGUACACUGCAAUGAGUUUUUGGUUGGCGAUAAUUCAUCAAUAGCCUCCUCACGCGAGCAGCAAGCCGCAAAAGUGAUCAAACAUAUUUUAGGGCAAACUUCCCACUUUGUGUGUCAGUGAGGACAUUGAGUUAUAUAUUUUAAUGAAGACCGUUUAGAUGUAUUUAGUACAAUUAUAAAGUCAUUUGUUCAUUGAAAAACGUUAUUUGUUCCGCGCCUUGAAUUGGACGCAUUUAUACUAAAAGGAACCAUGUUCUACGCAAACCUUAUGCACAUAGUUCCUUUUAGCAUAAAAACGUACAAUUGUUUUUAUGUUCUUUUUUAGCACAUGAUAAAUUUGAUAAAAUUGAGUUUUUUCCAAGCUUUAAUUUCUAUUAAUUUUCGUCAAAUCGCCGUACAAUUGAAUGGUUAUUUAUUCCUUGAUUUUUUUUCGUGGUUACUUUCAUUUGUGGUUUUCACUCCUUAGCUUCUUCGUUUUUUUUUAAACAAUUUUUUUUCGAAAUACAAUUAUUUGUUUCUGAUUGAAAUCCCUGUUUUUUUAAAGUUAAAACUUUCCCUCAUAAACUGUUAUUGGUAUGUUAUUGAAUAUUGAGGCAUUUCAUUAUCCAUUCCCUUUUUAAUUUAAUUUUAUCAAAGCAUUCCUGUGCGCCCAACACUGUUCACUGAUCAAAUUUGUUAAUUACCGAAUUAAAUACCAAUUAUAAAAGUUUUUUUUCCAUGUACAUAGAUUCAAAGGCAAUGUUAUUUAAUUUAUCAGAAAAUUUUGUAGAAAAAUUAAAGAUUAAGUGAAAGAAAACGAUCGUUUAAACCACGUGCCAUUAUUGGUACGGAAUGAAACGAUCUAUGCAAUGAUUUCAAUUAUCUUCAAAAAUAUGAGAUCGAUCUCCAAUCCUCGAGCACGGUUUAGCACUGUGAUUAAAACCAAUAAUCAAAAUUACAUUCGCUUGUCCGCUUAAGUAUGAGUUUCUGAUGGACUUUUGAGAACGUAAAUUAUAUUUCAAAUAAAUGACUUUCGUAACGAAGCUUUUUAUACUUGCUCUAUGCACCACUUGAAAUAUCUUCCUCCUUGCUCAAGAACGAAAUCGCCCGAGCAUUUUAAAAUCUUAAUUAGUGGGCAGAAUUUAGAUACAUAGUGGACACCCUGAAGUACAAAUUGUCAUGAUCAGGAAUUCGUUUAGUUGGAACGCAUACAAAACUUGUAUUUAUUUUAAAGAAUGUCAAACAGUGACAAUUUUCGUGUUGCGAAAGUUCCACGGAAAACUAUGCUGUGCAAAGUCGAAUCUUACUGAUUUAAAUCCCAGCUCCUUUUAAUUUGUAAUUUUUCAAAUCUUGGUCCCCCAAAACUGUUGUGAGUCUCACAAAAAUUCAAAAGGAAUCCUAUUCUCACCAGCAGGAAGGUAUUUUCUGAGGUUAAGGUUCCAGAUACCUUCUCUAAGAGUGCAAUGAAAAUAUUUUCUCUAUGAUGAUACCCAGUGCUCAAAUGAGUUUAUAAAUAUUUUGUUAAUUGUCAAUCAAAUGUGAAGUACGAAGCCAAAUAGCAACUAAUACGAUCCAUCAGGGUUAAAAAUGAUGUUCUGAUUUUUGAAGGGCUCUUUGGGUGACAAUCGAUCGGUUUGUGAGCGAUGAGUUUGAUAUUACUUGUAGUCCGUCUGUCUGCCUCUCUGUCAAUGAUUGACCUAAUUUUUUUCCUGAGAAGUCUCAUUAAAAUCACCUGAUUUUGAACGUGAAUCUCAACUGAGUUCAACGAACAAUAAAUACUACAGCUGCAGCCGUGUGACAGCAAGUGAUCAUCAAAAUCUCAAUCGUCUCACCGCUGAUCAAUAGAUUGAUUGAAUGGUUUAUACUUGGAAAUGAAUGAUUUGAGGCGUGUCAACAGUUGUGAGGUGCGCAGAAGCCAUGAGAUAUUUCUUUUUGAUUCUAAAUACCCUCCAGUUUGUUGAUUUCAAAAUCAUUAUUUUGCAUUCGUGUAGCGACUAUAUUUAGAGACUGCAGUGUGAAAAUGCUUUGUAAAACUUAAGACUAAAAAGGAGGAAAUUCAAAGUUAAUUUUAUCUGAAGAUGUAGUUCUAGGUGUGUAAAUUCACUAAUACCCAACAAAUAACUUGUUAAUGUAAACACGUUGUCAUGUACAUUGAUUUGUUUUAAACUCGUUUUAAAUCGUUUCUAAAUUUUACGUAUUUUAAAGCUCCCAAAUGCAUUGUUGCUUAGAUUAUUUAGUUUAUUGAAAGCAUUAAAACUAUUGCAACAUAUUUUUCAGAUAUUAUAUUUACUAUUUAACGUACUAUACUAUAAUUGCAAUUUGUGUAUCAUAGAACUUGCACUGCACCCGAUAUUGUUAGCUAUUUUGUAGGUAGUUAUAUCGACUAAUUAUUUUACUAUCUGCAUUGUUAGUUGCGUUUUAAAGUCUUAUUUAUUUUUCUUUUUUAUUAUUGUACAUAUUUUGAAGUCUGAAUGCCUUCGAUUUUUAAGAUACCAAGAUAUUUGAGGUAAUGAAAAGUUAAGAAGUUUGCCCAGACAAAUUAAGUACUCAUGUUGAUGCGAUACAUAAUUUAUGUGGGAUUCCGUAUCGAUUCAAGUUGCACAUGAUGGGGUCUUGUUCUAUAAUUUGCAAUAGGAUGUAAUUAAUUGUGAUUAUACUUCUAUGUUCUUUUCAUGAAUUUCCCCUAAUUAUUAUCAGAAUCCCAGAGAGAGCAAAUAUCAAACGUGACUUUCGAGAGUAUUAGAGCGUGUGUACCUUAGAGUACCUUAGACGUCAUAAAACCUACUCAACCUAUGUAAAACCAUUACGUGAAAGGCUAUAGAUGUACGCAAGUCGCUGUUCUUGAGUGUGAUAAUUAUUUACAACAUUCAAUCGACACGCUAAAAUAUUACACGCUUUCCUCUGAUAAAACUGUCGAAUGUUGGCAAGUUUCUUUAUAUUUCCAAUUAAAAACAAGGACAGUGAUGAGAAUUAUGAAAUACACUUCCAAAUUAAAUGCUUUCAACUCGAAUAAGGACGAGUCUAAAAUGGACUGCAUUUUGCAAUUCGGAACUAUAAUUUCUGGCUCUUCUGGAAAAACACUUAUGUGCAUAGGGAAACUAAUGGCAUACGUUGUUUUUAAACCGGGCUAGUUUUUAUAGUUCCAAAUUGCAAAAUGCAGUCCAAAUUUGACCGUCACAUAACACCGUGCACAGGAAUAACGCCGUGUAAUCAUAUCAAUGUUCUCACAUUUGCAGUAAAGAUAAAUAUAUGUAUUUUUUGAGGAAAGCCAUUUGUGUUUUCCUUUAAAUUUUAAGAUAAUUUAGAGCAAAUUGCGAAUAUAAUUCUGUAAAAAAUUUGAAGAAAAAUAUUCGCAGGUUUCCUGGAAAAUUUAUCUACUAUCAAGGAAAAUUUGGCAACGCAUGAAGGUUCAUACGGCGUUUUUCCUGAGCACGCAGUAUUGCCCUUACAUAAGAGGAGAAAUAACUUUAAAUACGAUAUUUUCCAAACCAUAAAUUAAUGAAGGAAGUAAAUAUCACCCAUACCUUUGUCUAUUUCGACAACAAAUUUACUCUGCCCAUCGGUAAUUCAAAAACAAAGCCUCUUUUCCUUCAAAUUCUUGGAUUGGUGUCCUUCAAAUUUUUCAAUGCAGGUGCUCACUGCCAGUGGCGAGGCGUCAAUGAUCGAUAAUCGAUAUUUCUCCAUUUAAAGCUAUGGUAAAGAAUCGAUUGUUAAGGUGUUCGCUGCGAACACCCUAAUUAUCGAUCUUUUUCCAUAGGUUCAAAUGGCCGAUGAAUCGAUGUAUCGCAAAGCACGCCACGUCACUGCUCACUGCCUUUUAGAAUCACGGUUUGGCGUUCUUUGUGGGAGCGUGUAAGGAAAAAAUCUCAUUCCAAAUCCUCUGAAAAUGGACGGUAAAUAUGUAGGCUUCAGAUCUUUUUUUAGAAGUUAGAUUCAGAUAGAAAUUAUGAUACAUCCGACAUAUUUUUUUUAGUGUGUAUAAUGCUCAAAUAGUGUAAUUGAAAAUGAUAAGUAGAGAUUUACUUAAUUGCUCCUUUUCAGUGGCGUGGCUUGAAUGAUCGAUUAUCGAUAUUUCCCCAUUUGAAUCCGUGGUAAAGAAUCGAUUGUUUAGGUGUUCGCUGGGAACACCCUGUUAAUCGAUCCUUUUCCAUAGGUUUUAAUGACGGAUCAAUCGAUAUAUCGCAAGGCACGCCACGCUACUGAUCCUUUUUUGGAUACCUAAUUGUUCAAGUGCAAUGGCUCACUCACCCGUGAAGGCUUCAAAUGCUCUCGGUGCUUAUCAACCGGAAUCAACAUAACUUCUCCAGAUGUUCCCUAAUUGGACUACAAUUUGCAAUAUAAGGAGCCACCAUUCAUAAAAACACCUAUCUGCAUAAGAAAACCAAUGGAAUAUUCGUUGUUUCUAAAAUCAGCCAGAAAUAGCGGUUCCUUAUUGCAAAAAGAAGUUCAAUUUAUUCUCUUGUUUUUUUCUUGACAGUAAAGUAGACAACACUCUGACUUGAAAUUUUGUAUCAUCUUCUUAAUAUGAAGAAAAUUCAUUGAUGGUUUCGAGGUGGUAUGUUGAUUGAUUUUCUGUUGAAAAAUGUAAUGCGAGAAUAAAUCAGGCAAAGUGAAAUUCAAGCAAACUGACCACACUUUUGUGACGGCAGCGUCAUUUCUAUGGGAAGUACAGACAUUUUUCCUCCUUUUGACAAAACAAGAACUGACGUCAAUAAUUUUAAUAAGCCGUUUAAAAUUAGGUAAAUAUUUCCAGAAGUCAGUCACACUGCCUCCUAAAAAUUUAUGUAAAUCUUAAAAAGUUGUUCAGAGGUAUGUGUCAGUGAGAACUAAACUGUUCGCUCAUUUCAACUACACGUGGCAAUAAAUUCUGGAUAGCACAGCAUGCAUUCCAUAUUAAGUUUUGCUUGCUUUUUGCCUACAUUAAAAGGACUACAUUCUCCAAUUAGGAACUAUAAUUUCUGGCUCAGUUGAAAAACAACGCAUGAACCAUUAGUUUCUCUAUGCAAAUGGGUUUUUUUUUAUAGAUGGGCCAUAAAUUAUAGUUCAGAAUAGAAAAAUGUGGUCCAAAUAGCUCGUGUCAUCUGAUAGAACUCUUCUGGUUCUCGUCGUGAAAUCGAAAUGUUAGAUACGCUCUCUCUCUCGUCCUCAAAGACUAAAAUAUGCCCAGCCAGCAAACGAAGCCUUCACAACUGCUUUUUAUUUUCAUCCCAAAUCCUCUUCAUUCGCUUGUAUCAGGUUGUGCGUGUAUUCCAUUUUUUACCCGAAUGUAGCAAUCCAUGAAGAAACAAAAUAUGCUGGAAACGAGUUCUUAAAUUCACCAGACAUCAAUCUUCACCGCACUGGAAAAAAAAUUCGCUUGGAUCUAGUGUCCAGACUCUUAGUAAUAUUGACAAGAAAAAUACUCCUGAUUCAAUCCGACUUUUCCUUGAAUCGAGGAGCCGAGCUUCUUGAUUUAGGCGGAUUUCCUUUUGAUUCAAGCGAAAAUUCUGAUUAAAUGCCGCCCACUUCCGUUUUAGUGUUACGACGGAGGAAGGGCAUCACCAUCGGGUACAUUUCUUCUGAAAAAGGUAAACCGCUUGAAAACCCGAGCGUGUAACUGGUCCUGAAACCAUGUCUUAAAAAUCCAUUUCUUUUCGAAUAUUAUUUAAAUGAGGCACUCGGGUCACCCAAUGAACUCUGGUAAAUUUUGAGCUCAGAACACGAGUAAAGCUGCUCUAAAAAAUUUUUGGCUCACACGACAACAUUGCCAUUCCGGAAUGUUUUACAGUAGAUUGUUAUACCUACCUACUUUUAUGUCAUACAUCACAACUUGGAUCUAGGAGCGAUCUCUUCACUUUGCUCAAGAGAAAAGAAGUAUUUUAGUUUUAUUCUUUCAUUGCAACCUAUAACCCCUUGCCAUACCAUUUUUAGGUGAAGGUAUUUAACUACAUGGUUUAUUCUGCUUCAAUGUAUGCAUAAUGUUCUGUGCAAUGUGAGCCAGUUCUCAAACAAGUCGCUAACAUUCGUGUCCCAUUAGGCUACACGCAAUGAACAGUCAACUCAAGUGGUAAUUCGGGUCAUGCAUGAAAUACACGCACAAUGACGAAUAAAACCCUUUCAACUUUCCAAUUUGCUCCCUUGUUUUUACCUUUCAAUUUUGUUGAUUAUUAUUCACCGAGGCUCUUAUUCAUUUUGAGAGUUAGUUUGUUUUAUUUAAAUUUAAAAAGUCAAAAGAAUUGUGAUAUCAAACACGCAUUUUUCUGUGUUUCAUCUCAAUUUUUCUAUACUUAGUGUUUUAAUUGCAUGAUAAAACUCACUGAAUGUGUAUUUAUUCAGUUGCUUAGACAAUUAGUAGCCAUACUUAUUCAAAUAGCCCUAUUUUAACAGUUGGUUCGAUUCAAUCGGAUAAUAUAUGUACAUAAAUGGAUAAAUUAGCCAUUUUUUCCUUUUUUGUCUUAACUUCAGUAUGCUGAUCGAAAUCACAAGAAAUUAAAGGCAUUUCACCGUAAUCGCAAUUAAAUUUUGUACCUCUCAAACAAAAAGUUUAGGUAUGUUUUUAAAAACAAUGCAAACUCUCUAAUUAUUUUUGUAAAUGUUUAACUUUUCAAAAUGGAGUGUUAUUGCGUUUGCAUCCCGCCAAAAUUUGUAUCCUUGAAAAGGGUGAAAAACUUCAUCACCGGUCAAAUUAUACAACGGAAAAUCGGUCGUAAUUCGCUUCGGCAAGUUUUUGUCCGUUUCGAAUUAAGUUCGUGGUUAGGAUGAGUAAAUAGGAAGGUUCCACAGGAUUCAAAUCAUAGACCCUUAGAAAUUUUUAUCAGCUCCUCUCCUUUAGAUACUGUUCUGAGACAAAAUUUCCAUGCGCAAAAUUAUCACAAAAAUCCUGUCAAAGCUUACAAUCCCUUCUGCAAGUAACGGGGUUUUCAAAACUCCCAAAUAUCCAAGUGCCUUAUUAUAAAUUUACUCACUUUCUCAAGUGAAUAAGAACUUCCCUAGUGUGGCAACUUUCUGCUGGUCGAUUUUUGCUUGCCUCUUUGUCCUGAAGAAUAAACAAAAAACAAAAAACAAAAUAAAACGUGAAUUAAACAUUAAAAGACUCAUCCUCUAGCAUGCGUGGUAAAAUAUUAAGUUCACAGAUGAUAAAAUUCAAGUUUUGAGAGUCUCCGAUCACAUGCUUAAACUAACCCUCAACCAGGAAAUCCUUGAGAAAGGAAUACAAUUCAAAGCAUUUAAAUACUUGUAAGUUCAAUGUCCCAAUUUGUUUGAUCAAGAGUGUUUAGGCCAAGCGCGUGUCAAAUAACUUUUAUGUGAUCAAGAGAAUGUAAUGUAUUCAUAAACGAUUUCACACUCAAAUGUACUCUCAUAUUAUGAAUGUACCGUUUCUGAUGUGUCCUCAACUCCUCCCUACGUACCUGCACCUUUUAAUAUGUCUUUUAAUCUUCUUGUCUCUCUCUUCUCUGUUUUAGCCUCUCACUUGUUUUAUCAAAACUCAUAUUGUCCCUAAAAGCUCAGCGAGAUAUUGUAAUUCAUCAAUUGUUACCUAUGAAAAGUAAUUGAAUAAUUGCAUCUUCAUCUUUCGAGAAUCAGUUUCAACAUGAACCAUCGUUGAGAACAAUUAUUAAGUACACCACCAAGUGUGCGAAAUUCCAAGUCAAAGUUUCUCACACUUUUUGCUCAGUUUUUCAAAAAUGGUCAGGAUUUCCUGUUUUCGACGGUUUGAUACCGUGGCUUUCUUCUCAAGAAAAUUUUCUCACGCUGUCUCACCUAUAAAAGAUGCAGGAAAAAUUGGACACAUACACACUCGCAAAUACCUACACGUAAACUUUAGAUACAAAGCAACAACAUGAAUUGUAAAUGAGUAUGCUGUGUCUCUAUUAUUGUCUCGUGAGCUUCGAAAUAGUUCUUAUAAAGUUUUUCUAGGUAAGGAGGUGUUAUCAUUACAGAUUUUCAGUAUUUAAAUCAUUCAAAGAUCAACAGAAAUCUGUCAAUUCCUCAUUUAUUAAAUAUCAGCAUCUCCAUAAACUCACACAUUGAAUCAAUGAACUCUCUUCCGUUCGGUAACCUUUCAAGAAUCAAUAUUGAAUUCGUCGUAUUCGGAAGUAGUUUCGAUGAAUCGUAAAAAUUUAAUUUCCCCUCUGUGAAAUCUUGAGUGAAAAAAGGAAAUUCAUUUGCGAUUGAAGAAAGUAUCCUGAGUACGAAAAAAGAAAAGGCGUUAAAGUAUUAAAUGCAGGUGGUUCAUUCUUUGAUAUUUUCUCAUGAAAGUUUGCUGGAGCAAGUUACCUGAUAAUUUAAAGCAAUACAUUUUUCCUGUCAAUAUACCUAGGUAAAUGUCAUCAUAAAACGAGUUAAAUCUGAUCUCUUUCUUCUUCUCUUCUUCUCUUCUUCUCUUCUCCUCUUCUCCUCUUCUCCUCUUCUCCUCUUCUUCUCUUCUUCUCUUCUUCUCUUCUCCUCUUCUCCUCUUCUUCUCUUCUUCUCUUCUUCUCUUCUCCUCUUCUUCUCCUCUUCUCUUCUCCUCUUCUUUUUCCCUCUCAUGUCACCUUUUCAUCACCAUCCUUCUCGAACUUUCCCUAAUUUUUCAUGUCUAUCGCAAAAUAUUACAAACCCCUCGCCUAUGUCUGUUCUCUUCUCUCUUCAUAUUCCUUCUCUUCGGCAUCUAUCGCGUCUUCCCUGCUAUCUAUUUCAACGAGACGUUUAUAUUUUCAAUCUUUCUAUGUACAUCUGUGCUUUUUUUCAGAAUUCAGUGUCUAUCUCCUAUUUCACCUGUUGGGUAAGAUGGUUUUACCAUCAAUAUUUUUCAAAACUUAGCCCCGAUAGGUACACGGGUCUAUUCUUUUAAUAUGUUGAUGCUCCAUCUAUGAGCUUUCUAACAGACUUGUUCCUUCCCCUAUUCGUCCAAUACAUCCUCUUCUUUUCUGUGCCCCUCUUAUCCACCUCUCUUUUUCCUUCUUUUCAUCAUCUCGAUUGUCCUUUCUGUUUUUUUUUACUCCUCGGAUUACCACCUCCGCUGCUUCCUAUACAUUCUAUCGCCAGUAUCUCCUCUAUCAAUCUUUUCUCUUAAGCGUCUUCUGACUCAGUCUUUUCACCCAUCUCAUCACAUCUUUUUCACCCAGUCACAACUGCCAUGGUGGGGAAAAAGGGUAAAUGAACUUUUGGGCGUUGCCAAAUGUCUCUCAAUAAAAUUCUAAUUUUCUAAAAAAUUUUGACCCUCGAGUUUUCCAGAGACUUUCCUUUGGAACGUACUUCGGUGUUCGUGAAGUUAUCGAGGGAAAAUAUUCAUAUUUACACCCAAAGAUAGAUGUUUUAUUGAGAAAAAUUUGGCAAUUUUGAAUGUUCAUAUUGCGUUUUUUCUCAGCAUGUCAGCCAAGCAAUAGGAUCGACACUAUCCAACGGAUAAAGUGCGUUUCAUUACGUAAAAUCGUAUUUUCGUUCGUGUUCAAGAUAAGCACUUCUCACCUGUGGUCAAAGUAAAUUCCUCUCUUCCCAACAAUAGAGCUCUGGUUUAUCCUUCAUUUCAUAUCGACACCACGGUAAUGUUUCCAAGUAUAAACCUCUAUUACAUACGUCUUGCAGAGAGAUAUUAUUUUUAAACUUCAUCUGAGCUAUAGUCUGUAAAUCCUUCUGGCCGUUUCACCAGUUGCUUUCGUUUCUUCCUGUGAGUUAAUAUUUACACUCAAAAGCGUGGAAAAACUCGCACUGUUAAAAAUCUGCGAAUGAAUUUGGGAGUGUAAUCUACUCCAGUCUUACUUUCCCUCCCAGAAAACCCGGAUGGUGUAAAUGCAUCUGGUGAGGUAAGCCCCUCUUAAAUUUAUAGUCCGGGUAAUUAAUGAAGUAACGACAAACGAGCUAGUGAAAAUAUCUACAUUCGUGAAAUGUUUGCCUAUCUUUUGAAUAACUGUUAACUGACAAAUUUUGCUCACUCUCAUGCUUAGCUCAUUUUUUUUUCCUUUUCAAAUUGCAACCGGUUGGAAAAUACCGCUUUACACUAACCGGAUGGAAUUGUUUGUACAGUGUUUUGCAACAUUUCGCAGUCAUAAUUUUACAAUAAUCCAGCUUAUACGCGAGGGGAUCGAUCAAAAGUAAAAGCCAAAAUUAUUUCUAUGAAUUUAAUCGGUUUGCAUGAACCUCAAACUAACAUAAAACCUUAACAGCAUUUCAAAUUCGAUUUUUCUUUAAAAAAAUAAGAAAGAACACUCAAUCUUUUCCUUUUUUUCUCUUUGCAUAACUUUUACGUGCUCUAUUACCUGCUGUUCUGAUUCCAAUGCCCCGUGAAAAAACAUUAUUUUUAACACAGAAAUAGUUUUAACAUUGAAUAGUAAGUAGGGGUUUUGAAAGUUAGAAGUUUUAUUUCAAAAACCAUCCUCAUACCGGAAAGGAAAAUGUAUAAUUACCAAAAAUUAGGGAAAAUGUGUACUUAUUAUGUGGUUUGUAACUAGUUGUAGAUUUACCUUUCUAGUUGCGCAAUAACUUAACUUGUAGGUACAUUGAAAGUAUUUGAAUGCAUACAAAUUUAUAAAACGAUUUUUAGAAGAACCUGUUGGUAUAUUUAAAUAAACAUUAUUGUUGAGUAUUUUCAA